GUCGUGGCUUACGAAGACGAGAACCGAGGCAAGCUCGGGGCGAAGCAGGCCUUCCGGGGCAUAUACUUGAUGUCCAGGCCGUUCUACUGCGGCGACCAUGCGUGCCACGGCAAGGUCCGCGCGUGGUUCCUCUCUUUGUCCUGCUCACUGUGGAUGAUCGGCACACCCAGGUUCCUCUUAUGGAAUUCGGAGCUCGUUUCGCGGAUGUUUGCUGCGCUUUCACAUGGCCCAGAGGGUGAGGCCGAGUUCAACAAGGUCACAAAGCUGCUGGCAGUAUACAUCGUCUGCAGCGUCCUGGCCCGUGCGAUCGAGGAACUGCUGAAGGGCAUGUGGGCCCUGGAGUGGCGCAAAUUUCUGACGCGUCGAUUGUUGCGCUCCUACGUCACCGGAAACGUAUUCUACACGCUGAAGCUCGAGGACGCAGCUGGCGUGGUCGACAACCCCGACCAGCGAAUAUGUCAAGAUGUGGACGAGUUCACACAGAGCGCUGUGGGUUUUAUGAGUUAUUUGAUUGGUGUGAUUUCUACCAUCAUAAUGGCUUCGAUGGAGAUCUUCCGUGCAGAAGCGAACCUUUAUUGGGCUGCGAUUGUCUACGCCAUCUUAUACAACGUAUUUAUGUUCAACAUCUUUGGCGGGCGCUUAAUGCGUCUCCGCAGCAAGAAGUUGGAACAGGAGGCAGAUCUGCGUUACUCGGUCAUCCGCGUUCGGGAAAGCGCAGAGGCCAUCGCUUUCUACCAGGGCGCCGAAUAUGAGCGCAUGAAGUCCUCUGGCCAUUUUGACGACGUGGUGACGACAUCAUAUCGCGAGCUGUUCAUGAACUCUGUAUGGAGGGGUAUCGACACUGGCAAUGGCAACAUCACCUAUUUCAUGCCGUAUUGGGUACUGUCCCACGGGGUGUUCGCUGGCACAAUGUCGUACGAAGACGCAAUCCAAAUACAGAUCCUGACCGUGAAUUUGAUGGGCGCGCUGGUCAGCCUAGUGGGCGAGCUGGCGCGGCUGUCCACCAUCGCGGCGCACUCCGCGCGCGUGCUCCGACUGCAAGAGGAGCUGGACCUGAUUCACCGCGACGCAGACGAGGACGCCCACGACUCCGACGAUGAUUCCUCGGAGUCGAGCACGGAGGACCCGAGCAGGACGUCCCCUUUGGCUUCUCUUGGCAAGUGCAAGAUCGCCCGCCAUGAGACGCCUCUCGACGGGGUGCCACUUGAGAUGGACAACGUCACGCUGAGAUGCCCCGGUCCCGAGAAGUCCAUCGUCCUGAAGGACGUCUCGCUGACCCUGGAGCACGGGAGCUCGCUGCUGGUCACGGGGCCAAGCGGCACCGGGAAGAGCUGCCUCCUGCGCGCCAUCGCUGGCCUCUGGCGCCGCGGCACGGGGCUCGUGAGUUGUUGCCCGCACGAGCAAUGCUUCUUCCUGAGCCAGUCGGGCUACAUCUGCCCCGGCUCCUUGUGGGACAACGUGGCGUACCCGGUGUCUGGCGUGCCGCCAGAGGCCUUCGAGGACGGCGGGGCCUUCAGCAGGUCGGAGGUCACCCGCGUCUUGCGCGCGCUGGACUUGCAACACUUGCUUGACAAGCACGGCCUGGACCGCAGCGCAAACUUGGACGUCCUCUCUGGCGGCGAGAAGCAGCGGCUCGCCUUCUCGCGGGUGUUGAUGCGCCCGCACAUGAAGCUCGUCCUCCUGGACGAGGCGACCUCGGCCGUCGGGGAGGACAUGGAGUGUAGGAUGUACGCCGAGCUCCGCCGGCGCGGCCUGAAGACCUACGUGUCGGUCGGCCACAGGCCCACGUUGGCCAGGUUCCACUCACACAAAGUAGAGGUCGUCAGGUACGCUGAUGACUUCCAGCCGAACACCAGGCUGAUCGAGCUGGGCGAUCCGGACGGCGACGACGCGGGCGGCAGAUCCCCCAGGUCGCAGUCGACCCUCGGGCUCAGGUUGCCAGCGCGAGCUCGCGGUGACAGCGGUGCCUCUGCCACGCUGUCCCAGUACCCCAGCCUCGCCAGCUCUUGGCAGCCCUGA